UCGUGUGUGUGUAUGUAUGUAGAUCAAUAUACAUGCAACACCCUUUCCCGUCCAUCAUCCAUCAUUAUAGCCUUUCGGUCAUACUUUAUCAUGUGCUAAGGCAAAGCCUUUCAAUAGGCAAUCGUACAUUAUUAACAAAGCAUAAUGAAGACUGAAGCGACACAGCAGAAUAGCUCCUCAAGUGGCGGCAUGGGCUCAACACAGCCUAUGAGAACGUCAUCCACACGUUCUAGCGUACAGCAUCAAGAAGGAAUACAUCCACAUACUAUGGAUCAUGCUGCAGAAUCAAUGGAGGAAGAAGGGGGCUAUGAUGGAGAAGAUGGAGAAGAUGACGAUGACGAAGGUAUGCCGAUCGGACAGCAAGGCGGGGAACAGGAAAUGUUGAGCGAGACCACAGUAAAGAGUGGCUAUCUUUACAAACGCGGAGAAAAGAGAAAGAAUUGGAAGAAACGUUGGUUCGUGCUUCGAUCCGCAAAGCUGUAUUACUACAAGAACGAGAAGGAAUACCAACUUUUACGCUUCAUCGAUAUGACAGAGGUACACACGAUUGCAUCUGUCGAAUUGAAAAAGGUGGAACAUUGUUUCGGAAUCUCAACGUCCAAGCGUCAGUAUUAUGUCCGUGCAACAUCAGCAAAAGAGAUGGCGUCUUGGGUGGAUGCUUUGCGAGAUGUACGAGAACAAGUACGUCAACGCAGUACACUCACUAGAGAUAUGGCUUUACUCGAUGUGGGUAAUGUGUCAUCCGGAGGCGAGCAUCAAGCACCUGCACACGCUUCAGCCACUCCAAAGAAUGCGUCUCAAGCCGCAAGUCCUACUGUCAAGCCAAUCGAUCAAGUAGGCAGCCCGAAAGGCAAACAAGGUACCGGUAGUCAGCCGAUCAGCAUCAUGAUCCCCGGAAAGGGCCUAUACACCGCUCCAACCCAAUCGAGGAUCACAUCUGCAAAUCCCGUUUUAAGUCCCCUGACAGCCACUUCCGAUAGUGAAGCCGGUGGACCGAGCGGGGCGGAGCAAUUUGGCUUGAGCUAUGCUAGUUCCGCAGGACAAAGUUUGGCCAGCAGUCCAGGUCGUUCAGGUUUGUUCCAUCACAGUGGUUAUGUUCUACAUCAGCAACAUCAAACACAACAAACGGAUUAUAGCAGCGGUGGAGGUCACAGCCCACAAAGUCAUUCAGGAGGCGAUGAAGGCGCGGAAAUGAUUCGAGGCAAACGUGGCCCACAAAGGGGAUCAGGAUUCCGAGAGGCGUCUGUGGGCAGCAGUACCGGAGAAGGGGCAGCAACGGGUCUCGCUCGAAGAAGAAGCGAUUCACAGCAGGCUGGACAUCCUUUGAGCAGCAGUGAAGACGAAGGUGAAGGCGAAGGAGAUGAUUGGGACGAGGAAGAAGAAGCGGACCUUGCAAUGCCACUUCCUAACACUGGAGGACUGAGUCUUAUGUCGAGCUUUUCGCAUGGACAUGGGACGCAAGCAUCUUCCAAGCAACCGCAGCCUUCAGGCUCUGAACCCUCUUCAUCUGUCGUCACCACUGUCUCGAAGCCGAAAGUGGGUCCUGAAUUCUUUAAAGAUUCGAGCAAGGUGAUUCACCAAGGAUAUCUGAUGAAACAGAGCAACAGGCGGAAGCACUGGAGAAAGCGAUGGUUCGUCUUGACAAGUGGAAGCUUAUCGUAUACCCGCAGCCAUAUGGACGCAAAGCCACAUCGGCAAAUACCACUUUCAUCCAUCUUGGAUGCAAUCGAAUAUACAUCAAAGAAGGCUAAUCAACAUUCAGCUCCUCUCAGCCCGAGCUUAGGAGCAUUUGCAGGCAGUAAUCCACUGGCUUCGUUCGGAAGAAGUCCUUUGUUAGGCGGAGGCGGAGAUUCUACCAAUGCACUGGAAAGACGAGGAUCAACUCAAAGUAAGGGAGCAUCAGCGUUACAAACCUCCAAUGCAGGUUUAGUACCAUCUUCUGAUCAUGAGCAUGGUGCUAUUUCGGCUAAUGAAGCAGAAAGCGGAAAUGAAAGAAGAGGAUCAGGACCUAAUGCAGGUGCAGACCCUAAACAACCUGCCACGCCGGCGAAGAAGAAGAAAGAGAAUUGUUUCAAGAUUAUUACGCCCAAACGUGUGUACAUCGUUUGUGCUCCAACAGAAGAAGAGGAAUUGAAAUGGUUAAGUGCACUACAGGCAUUACUGACUCAUUUUCAUGAGAAGGAUAAGAGUUCUGCUCCUGCUUCUACAAAUGCCAAUGAAGGUUCACAAGAAAGACAAGAGCAACAAGUCACUUCGCCAAUACAGCCCGGAUCACCUGCGCAAACACCUGUUGCUUUGAAUCGAUUGAAUGCACCUUCAAUUUCCCUUUCUAAACCUAUCCGUCAAGGAAGUCAAGAUGAUACCCGUGCAACAGCACAAGAAGGUCUAAAAGCCACUUGAUCUG